CUUUUCUUAUCACUCCACUAUUUCACCAAAUAUGUUCUACACAUUUUGUACUGAAAUAUUUGUCAUUACAUUGAAUGAAAUAUGGCAGAGUCGGAGCUUGUGGUAGCACUAAAGGACUUACCCAACAGGGCAUUAAAUGUUCCAGUUACAGAACGACAGUUGUUAUUCAAAAAUGUUGCGGCAGUGUUAUCGAAUCCCGGAGUCAACUCAGCUACGAUUAAAGGAAUAUGUAAAGUUAUUGCUACAACAUUAAUUAAAUACAAGGAUCCCCCAUCUCAGUUAAUUAUUAGAAACUUAAUAGUCGACAUGCUGAAAACUGAUGUUGUUGGAGACUUCACUGUUGAGCAUUUAAAUUCUAUUUUUAAAGUUUUAGCUCUCAAAGAAUUGCCGAAUGCUCCUCCAUUAAAAGCAUCAAAGGCUGCUGUAAUUGCAUUGGGAUGGACAGUGUUAGUAAUGAAACAUUCUAGUCCAGAAUCUAAUGUUUUAAAAACAGAAUGGUCGCGUUUACUUGAUUACCAGUCACUUAUAUAUCAAAUAACUCUGCAUUCCAAUAGCAUACGAAUACAUGAAACAACACAGAAAAUGUUGUUCGAUUUAUGGCGUGAUGAAAAUUUAUUUCAGAACAGUUUUAGCCACAUGUUGGAAAAAGAAUGUUCAAAUAAUGUGUUAUUGUUUUUAAUGUUACAUUUGCAAUUCAAUGACCGUGAAAGAGAUACACAUCUAUUAGAUACACACAAAGAAAAAUUCAUUAAUUAUUUUGUUAAAAGUAUAAUAUCAACAAAAAUCAAGCCCCAUAAGAAUUACAUAUUUACAUGUCGACCACUCUUAAAAACUAUACACAAAACAGAGUUUGAAAAUUAUAUAUUACCACCUCUUCAAAAAGCAAUGCUCAGAAGUCCUGAACUUAUUUUACAAGCCGUUGGAUUAAUUGUUCAGGAAAUUGAUUUAGAUUUUAGUCCAUAUGCAGACUUGUUUGGAAAGGUGCUAAUUCAAAAUUUGUAUUCUAAAGACGAAGUAGCGCGAAAUGAAUCGGUGGAAUCACUUAAACAAAUUGCACAGAAGUGUUCCGAGGAAAAUGCAAUUUUAACGUUACUAAAAAUGAUAUUUUCAAUUUUAAAUGGUAGCGAUGGGAAGAUUACAGUUGCAGAAUAUCGUUUAAACUUGUUACAGGGUGCCGGAAAUUUAAGUUUCAACUCUAUUCCUAAGGAAAAUUUUACAAAAAUCAUAAAUGAAGUAAUUGAACUUUUUUCAAAGGCACUUACUAGUGAGAUUCAGGAAAAAGUCUUAUGUCACACUUUAGAAAUGUUUAGCUUAUGGUCCAUGAAAUUUUCUCAGGAACUUCCGACACGUAUAACUGAGGUAUUUAAAAAAGGAUUGGAGCUUAAAACAACCACACAAUGCGUACGCCUUGGGUAUUUACAGUGGCUUUUAGCAUCUCUACACAAUUCAUCAUUACACAAUAAUGCCAAAUUUACUCCGCUUCUGUUGCAGAUUUUUGAAAAAGCUAUACAAAAUACCAAUCAAGUUCUAAUUACUUGUGAAGCUAUGUGUGCUGCCUGUACUAUAUUAUUAACAGAAAAACAAAAUGGCGAUACAAGUCUCAAUAAUUUUUGGAGCACAAUAUUAGAUUUAAACAAACAAAUAUUCUUUAGUGAGCGGUUUUUAUAUUCAGCUCCUGCUGAUACCUUAUGUUACAUAUCUUUACUUGCUGAAAGAUUGCUGAAUGAUUACUUUCACAAAUUGAAAGGACCAACAGACUUAAUUUUUAAAGGUAUUGUUCAUUGUCUGACAUCGAGCUCUACCAAAGUACGUAACUAUGCGAAAUAUUUAAUACCGAAAUUGAUUAGUGGCACAAAUGGAGUACAAUUUGUUAAAAAAAUUUUGGAAGAAUUAGAAAACUGUGUUGAUGUUGUUAAGAUAAGUUACGAUGGCGAUAUAACGAACGAUGAAGGUUUAACUCCAUCAUAUGUAUUUGUUGAGAUAAUCGAAGAACUUUGCAAUUUUGAAGAAAUAACGUUUGCCGAUGCUCAAAUACUAGCUCUACAAUCUCUUAAUGUUUGUCAUCACCCAGCUGUAGUUAGUAAUGAAUCUGAAAUGUGGGAAAAUAUUUUGAAAUUGAAAUUAAACUUAGAUCCUAAAGUUUUUGUGUCAUUAAAUUCUAAGCAAAUUAAAAAUUUAUUAAUUGAUAAUUUUAAAGAAAAAGAUACGUAUAAAAAUGCUGCAGGAACAAUUGUACGACUCAGUCCAGAUGUGAUGUUACCAAUUCUAAUGUCAAAAAUAAUUACGGAUCUUAACGAUCCAGAUAUGAUAAAUGUAACCGAUAAUGAUUAUUUUACGUAUCUUACACCUAAUGGAGAAUUAUAUGACAAAAGUGUUAUACCAAAUAACGAGGAUAUUUAUUCCACAGUGGGUUUAAAAAGGGAAAACAAAGUCUAUAGUUAUAAAGAACAACUUGAAGAGCUUCAAUUACGUCGUGAAAUUGAAGAAAAACGCAAAAAAGAAGGCAAAGCAAAACCUUCACAGCUAACCCCAAAGCAGCAGGAAGUUAUCAAAAUUCAAACAGAAAAAGAAAAUUUAAUUAAAGAACGCUUGUCAAUAUUAAAAAAUAAAUUGAAUACAUUGAUAACAAUGUUAGAAGCCGCAUGUUUGGGAGGAGCAAAACAGGUUUCAUUACAUUUUGCAGAUCUAUUACCUUCAGUACUUAGGCUGUUAAAGUCCCCACUUGCAGCCGAACCACUUUCGAAUUUAUAUUUUUUCCUUCACACUACAUGCUUUAAUAAUGAAAUGGAAAAUUUGGGCCACUCACUUGCAGUGACUACAAUAAGACUUGAAAAGCCCCAUUGUGAUUUAAAUAAUGAAUGGGUUAUAAAGGAUUUAAAUGAUUUGGUGAUUGAUACGUUAAUACUUCUUUAUAAGUGUACUGUUGGGAGAAGUAAUGAAUGCUCAAGUGACAACCUAGAAUUUGCAUUACUUGCACCUGCAUUUGCCUUUGCUUUUGAAUUUUUAAAACGAGCUUUAGCCUUUAAUUGUAUAACUGCAAAGGAAGAAUACCUGGUAAUGGCUAUUGAAAUUAUUGAGUACCAUGCACAAAUAAAAGGAGAUACAAUAUUUGGCGAUGUGUCUGACUACAGACAUCCGAAAUAUAUGCCUCAUAUGGAAAUGUUUAAGGUACUUCUAGGGUUAAUAUCAAAAUAUCGAACUAGAGUUCAAACUAAAUCAGUGUGCGCUCUUUUAGAGGUAGCGAAGAUAUGUUCAGGUGAAGAUUACUGUGUAAUGGCUGCAAAAACAGAAAUUGAGUUGUUUCUUGAUGCGUUGCAAAGCCCUUCUGAGGAAAUUAGAGACGUUGGCUUGCGUGCCUUAACUAUAAUGGUUAAAGGUUUACAAUUUCAACAGAAGCAGAAUGAAGAAAUAUGUACGCACGUGUCAUGCAGAUUAUGGAUUGCAAAAUUCGACAUUUCUGAAUCAAAUCGUAUUUUAGCGAAUAAACUUUGGGAAUUAGCAGAUGUGGAGUUACCUGAAGCUGAAGAACUUCUUGAUGAUAUUAUACACCCUGUGCACUGUAUUCAGAAAGCAGCAUCUUUUUCAAUAGUUGAUCUAUUAGGUCAAGAUACUGUCUUAGUGAAACGAAUUUUGAAACGUUUACUGUCAAUUUAUAAUGAAAAACUUACAAUGAUUCCACCUGUAUUAGAUCAAUUUGAUAGAGAAGUUGAACCGGCUGUUGAUCAGUGGAAACCUCGCAGAGGGGUUGCAAUUGCAAUUGCGCAAAUAGCGCCUUAUUUUUCAGUUGAAGACGUCAAUCAUGUAAUGCAGUUUAUGGUAUCACAAGGUCUUGGCGAUCGUGAAGAAAUAGUUCAUAAAGAAAUGCUUGCUGCUUCAUUGACUAUCGUUGACUUACAUGGAAAAGAAACUAUAAUUCAUUUAUUACCAGUGUUUGAGGAUUUCUUGGAUAAAGCACCAAAAUCUCAAAGUUAUGAUAAUAUUCGUCAGGCUGUUGUAAUAUUGAUGGGAUCUCUUGCUAGGCAUUUGGAAAAGGACGAUAAACGCAUUGAACCAAUUGUACGAAGAUUAAUAACUGCAUUAUCAACUCCAUCUCAGCAAGUACAAGAAGCUGUAUCAAACUGUUUACCUCAUCUAGUUCCUUCAGUAAGAGAUGAAGCUCCAGCGAUAAUCAAGAGGUUAAUGCAAUUAUUAGUUAAAUCUGAUAAAUAUGGCGAAAGAAGAGGAGCAGCAUAUGGUAUAGCUGGUAUAGUAAAAGGAUUAGGUAUUUUAUCGCUUAAACAGUUCGAUAUUAUGUCUAAAUUAACUACUUACAUUCAAGAAAAAAAAAAUUAUAAAUCUCGCGAAGGUGCUUUAUUCGCUUUUGAAGUCCUUUGUACAACACUUGGACGACUAUUUGAACCUUAUAUUGUUCAUGUUUUACCACAUUUACUACAAUGUUUCGGAGAUUCAUCACAGUAUGUAAGACAAGCUGCAGAUGACACAGCAAAAGUUGUGAUGGGAAAGUUAUCAAAUCAUGGUGUGAAACUUAUACUGCCUGCUUUGCUUGAUGCUUUAGAUGAAGACUCUUGGCGAACAAAAACAGCUUCAGUUGAAUUGCUUGGGGCUAUGGCAUUUUGUGCUCCAAAACAAUUAUCAUCUUGCCUACCCAGUAUUGUUCCCAAGCUUAUAGAAGUACUUGGUGAUUCGCACACAAAAGUUCAGGAAGCAGGCGCUGAUGCCUUGAAAGUUAUCGGCUCAGUAAUAAAAAAUCCAGAAAUACAAGCUAUUGUUCCUGUGUUGUUAAAAGCUUUGGAAGACCCAUCUAAAAAUACUUCAACUUGUUUACAUAGUUUAUUACAAACCAAAUUUGUACAUUUCAUAGAUGCUCCGUCCUUGGCUCUGAUAAUGCCUGUUGUUCAAAGAGCUUUUAUGGAUAGAUCAACUGAAACACGAAAAAUGGCUGCUCAAAUAAUUGGUAAUAUGUAUUCUUUAACAGAUCAGAAAGAUUUAAUGCCAUACUUGCCAAGUAUUACACCGGGUCUCAAAAUGUCAUUACUGGACCCUGUCCCUGAAGUUCGGGCUGUUUCAGCGCGUGCCCUAGGUGCUAUGGUUCGUGGAAUGGGUGAAACAUCUUUUGAGGAUCUUCUACCUUGGCUAAUGCAAACUUUAACUUCGGAAUCUAGUAGUGUAGAUCGAAGUGGAGCUGCUCAAGGUUUAUCCGAAGUUGUAGGUGGGUUGGGAAUUGAGAAAUUACGUCAAAUAAUGCCGGAAAUUAUUGCAACCGCAGAAAGAAAUGAUAUUGCCCCGCAUGUAAAAGACGGUUAUAUUAUGAUGUUUAUAUAUAUGCCUAGUGCAUUUCCACAAGAGUUCACACCUUAUAUUGGUCAAAUAAUUAACCCCAUCUUAAAAGCAUUAGCAGAUGAAAAUGAGUAUGUUCGUGAUACUGCUCUUAAGGCUGGACAACGAAUUGUAAAUUUGUAUGCAGAAACUGCUGUGACACUACUCCUGCCAGAACUAGAAAAAGGAUUGUUUCACGAUAAUUGGAGAAUUCGGUUUAGUUCGGUACAAUUGCUUGGGGAUUUGCUAUAUAGAAUUUCUGGAGUUUCUGGAAAAAUGACAACGGAAACUGCUAGUGAAGAUGAUAACUUUGGUACUGAACAAUCACAUACUGCUAUAAUAAGAUUUUUAGGCGACGAAAGACGUAAUAGGGUGCUUUCUGGACUUUAUAUGGGAAGAAGUGAUGUCUCUUUGAUGGUUCGACAAGCUGCGCUACAUGUUUGGAAAGUAGUUGUUACAAAUACACCUCGAACUUUAAGAGAGAUACUACCAACUCUGUUUGGUUUAUUACUCGGUUGUUUAGCUAGUACAAGUUACGAUAAGCGUCAAGUUGCAGCGCGAACAUUAGGAGAUUUAGUAAGAAAAUUAGGAGAACGAGUAUUACCAGAAAUAAUUCCAAUUUUAGAAUGUGGAUUGAAUUCAGAGCAUGCAGAUCAACGUCAAGGUGUGUGUAUAGGCUUAUCAGAAAUUAUGGCAUCUACAUCUAAAGAAAUGGUUUUAACAUUUGUUGAUAGUUUGGUGCCAACAGUUCGAAAAGCGCUAUCAGAUCCUCUUCCUGAAGUUAGAGAAGCAGCAGCAAAAACAUUUGAAUCACUACAUUCCACUGUGGGAGCCCGUGCUUUAAAUGAUAUAUUACCAUCAAUGCUUGAGGGACUUUCCGAUCCAGAUACUACUGUUGCUGAAAAUACCUUAGAUGGUCUUCGACAAGUCAUGUUUAUAAAAUCACGAGUAGUAUUGCCCUAUUUAGUCCCUCAAUUAACUGCAGCGCCAGUUAACACUAAAGCAUUAUCUAUUUUGGUUUCUGUUGCAGGGGAAGCUCUCACUAAAUAUUUACCAAAAAUAUUAUCUGCUUUACUUCAAGCUCUUUCUGAUGCGCAAGGAACUGCCAACGAAAAUCAGGAGCUUGAAUAUUGUCAAAUUGUAAUUUUAUCUGUUUCUGAUGAAGUUGGUAUUCGUACUAUAAUGGAUACAUUAAUGGCAUCUGCUAAAUCGGAAAGCAUUCCAACACGUAAGUCUGCCUCCAGUUUACUCUCAGCGUUUUGCAUUCAUUCACCUGGUGACUAUUCUCAUUACGUACCGCAAUUAUUACGCAGUCUAUUACGAUUAAUGGCUGACUCAGACAGAGAUAUAUUGCAAAGAUCCUGGGAUGCCUUAAAUGCUGUUGUUAAAGGCUUAGACUCGGCACAACAAAUAGCUCAUGUUUCGGACGUACGGCAAGCAGUUCGAUUUGCAGCUAGUGAUCUUAAAGAAAGUGAAUUACCUGGUUUUUGCUUACCUAAAGGAAUAUCGCCAUUACUACCUGUAUUUCGAGAAGCAAUACUGAAUGGUUUACCAGAGGAAAAAGAAAAUGCAGCACAAGGAUUAGGCGAAAUUAUUGAAUUAACAAAUUCACAAUCCUUACAACCUUCAGUUGUGCAUAUUACUGGUCCUUUAAUUCGUAUACUAGGAGAUCGAUUUAAUGCUGGCGUUAAAGCUGCUGUUUUGGAGACUUUAGCCAUUUUGCUACAUAAAGUCGGAGUGAUGCUAAAGCAAUUCCUACCUCAACUUCAAACAACAUUCUUGAAAGCAUUGAACGAUCAAAAUCGAACGGUCAGAAUGAAAGCAGGAAAAGCAUUAUCUGAACUCGUUACCAUUCAUAGUCGCCCUGAUCCGCUUUUUAAUGAAAUACAUAAUAAUAUCAAAAGCAACGACGAUUCCGGUAUACGUGAAACAAUGCUACAAGCUUUAAGAAGUUUAAUAACAGCAGGCGGUGACAAGAUGUCAGAACCAUUAAAAAAGCAAGUAAAUACCACAUUACUAUCAAUGUUAGGACACCAAGAGGAUAUUACAAGAAAUUCAGUAGGUGGAUGCAUAGGUGCACUUUUAAAAUAUCUGAAAAGUGAACAGGUUGAUGAAAUUCUUAAAAAUUAUGUUUUUGUAGACGACAACGAAGACGGUCCAUAUAAACACGGCAGAACAGUUGUUUUGUUUGUAGCAUUAAAAGAAUGUCCUUCAAUUAUAGUAACACAGAAUUACACCGAAAAAAUAACAAAAAGCAUUUCUAGCAGUGUUACAUCAGACAAAGUAUCUAUCGCAUGCAACGGUGUUCGAGCAAUUACUUAUUUUAUGGAAUAUAAAUUGUCUAACAAUGAAAUUCCACCAGCCACAGUUGUGGUCACUUUUACUCGUAUUAUGAAUCAUAACAGCAAUGAAGUAAAACAACUUGUAGCUAAAUGUUGCAGUCAUCUUGCUAAAACACUAACCGUUGAUCAAAUUGUUCCUGAAGUGAUGAAGUAUAUUGUGCCUAUGUUAGUAAAUGGCACUAAAGAAAAAAAUAGUUAUGUUAAAUCGAACUCUGAAUUUGCUCUGAUAUCAAUACUACGACUACGUGAAAAUGAAAAUACAUAUGCAAAUGUUUGCCAAGUUUUAGAGCCCGGCGCAAAAGAUUCUCUCUCUGAAGUAGUAAGUAAAGUAUUACGGAAGGCGGCAAUUCAACCUGCUGGAAAAGAAGAAGAACUAGAUGACACAAUCCUGGCAUAAUUAUCAAUUUGUAUACAGUUAUUUAUAUUGUCUUCUUAUUGUCUAAAAAUAAAAAAUGCCGCAAACUAA